CGUUCUACUAGUCUUAGGCUUGACUGGCUUGCCUUCUGAGGAUGUUCAACGAGGGUAAUCAGGAGCUCAGUAACUUUCUGGGAUGGGUUUCUAUUGCGUGCUGGCUGGUGGUCUACUCUCCGCAGAUUCUCGAGAACUACAGAAAGCAGUCGGGCGAGGGGCUCAGCGUCAGCUUUGUAACCGUAUGGCUGAUCGGCGACAUAUGCAACUUGACCGGGGCCGUCAUGGCUAACCUGAUCCCUACCAUCGUUAUCCUCGGGAGCUAUUACUCCGUCUGCGACGUGAUCCUACUCACACAAAUCUACUACUACCGGUGGAAGAAGGCGCGCCGCACCGCGAGGCUGCUACUUUCCGAUGAGCCGGAGACGGCUGCCCUGUACGGGGAGGCAAGUCCGCUCCUACCGGGGGGUACGGGCUCCGAGGUCCCUGCGAGGAGGUCAAUGUCGAAGGACACCCUCAAAUUUGCAAGCGCCCUCCUGUUCGUCUUCGCCGUGGGCGUGGCCGCCUGGGCCGUGGAUAAGCACGUCCACAGGGACAGCCCUCGUUCGAAGCCCGAAGAAGUCAUCGAAUGGCGCAGCCAGGUCCUGGGGUGGAUUAGUGCAGCCCUCUUCCUCGGAGCGCGGGUGCCGCAGAUAGUCAAGAACUUGGACACGAGGUGCGAAGGGCUGUCGCCCUUCCUAUUCGUAUACUCCAUCUCGGGCAACACCACGUACUUCCUGUCUAUCCUCGCGGCCUCGUUGAACAUAAAACAUCUUGCGGCCAACGCGCCGUGGAUUGCCGGAAGCGCAUUGACUGUUUUCCUGGAUCUCUUCGUUCUGUACCAGUUCUUCCUCUACAGACAAGAAGACAACAAACGGGCGGACGCCUUAGAGCGCGAGUGCCCUGAAUAGACGACGGCCGAAUCCAGAUAGAGUUAAUUGUGGGUGGAUAGGCGUGGGACGGGAUAUUGCGCGGCGGGCCUCGAGGAUGAUUUGUCGGGGAGAAAGAUGUAUGGCCGG